GCCGCGGGGCUGUAAUGGCGGCUGGCGGCGGCUCCGCGCUGCGCUGACACCCAGACCCGCUCGGCGCAGCCCCCCCGCCCGGCCCGCCCCCUCCUCCCCGCCCCAGCCAGCGCCGCUCGCCCCCUCCCCGGCCCCUGCUCCCGGCCCCCGCCGCGGGACGAGGAGGAGGGCUCCCCGCAGACAAUGGACGAGCACCCAGGAGCCGGAGGAGGCGGUGGGAUGGCGGCCGCCCCGAGACCGCAGCAGCCGCCGCCGCAGGCGGGUGGGAACAUGAACCUGCAGUCGGGUGGGGGCUGCAUGGGGGCCGGAGCUGGCGGAGGAGGGCAACAGCCCCAGGGCCCCGCGGCCCCGGCCGGUCAGGAGGCGGCGGGCCCCGCCGAGCUGUCCCGGCCCCAGCACUACACCAUCCCGGGGAUCCUGCACUACAUCCAGCACGAGUGGGCCCGCUUCGAGAUGGAGAGGGCGCACUGGGAGGUGGAGCGGGCCGAGCUCCAGGCUCGGAUAGCGUUUUUACAAGGGGAAAGAAAGGGCCAAGAAAAUUUGAAGAAAGAUUUAGUGAGAAGAAUAAAAAUGUUAGAAUAUGCAUUAAAACAAGAAAGGGCAAAAUAUCAUAAAUUAAAAUAUGGCACAGAAUUGAACCAAGGUGACUUGAAAAUGCCAACUUUUGAAUCAGAAGAUACCAAAGAUACAGAGGUUCCUGCAGUACCUCAGAACAGCCAGUUGACCUGGAAGCAAGGCAGACAGUUACUGCGACAGUAUCUUCAGGAAGUAGGUUAUACAGAUACAAUAUUGGAUGUACGCUCCCAGCGGGUAAGGUCUUUGCUUGGGCUCUCCAAUUCAGAACCAAAUGGUUCAGUAGAGACAAAGAACUUAGAACAGAUCCUGAAUGGAGGUGAAUCUCCUUCGUCAAAACAAAAGGGACAGGAAAUCAAAAGGAAUUCUGGUGAUGUUCUUGAAACAUUCAAUUUCUUAGAAAGUGCGGAUGAUAGUGAUGAAGAAGAGGAGAAUGACAUGAUAGAAGAUAUUGCAGAAGGAAAAGAAAAGCAUCGGAUAAAUAAGAAACACAAAAUUGGUAAUGAAGGUUUAGCUGCUGACCUUACAGAUGACCCUGAUACUGAAGAAGCUUUGAAAGAAUUUGACUUCUUAGUGACAGCUGAAGAUGGUGAGGGAGCUGGAGAAGCUCGAAGUUCAGGAGAUGGAACAGAGUGGGACAAAGAUGACCUGUCCCCAACUGCUGAGGUUUGGGAUGUAGACCAGGGACUAAUAAGUAAACUGAAGGAACAGUACAAGAAGGAACGAAAGGGGAAGAAAGGGGUAAAGAGAGUCAACAGGACAAAACUUCACGACAUGAUAGCUGAUCUGGGCGAUGAUGAGAUACCCCACAUCCCUUCAGGAAUCAUUAAUCAAUCUAGGUCACCCUCUUCUAGAAUGACUGAUCAUGAAGGUGCAAGAGCAGAGGAAGCUGAGCCAAUAACGUUUCCACCUGGAGGAGGCAAGUCAUUUAUUAUGGGUUCUGAUGAUGUGUUGUUAAGUGUACUGGGCCUUGGAGACCUUGCAGACUUGACAGUAACAAAUGAUGCAGACUAUAGUUAUGAUUUGCCAGCUAAUAAAGAUGCCUUCCGAAAGACAUGGAACCCUAAGUAUACGCUACGCAGUCAUUUUGAUGGAGUGCGAGCAUUAGCUUUUCAUCCUGUAGAGCCUGUGCUGGUUACAGCCUCUGAGGACCAUACUCUAAAACUUUGGAAUUUGCAGAAAACGGUUCCUGCCAAAAAGAGUGCCUCUUUAGAUGUAGAACCCAUCUACACAUUUAGGGCCCACAUUGGACCGGUAUUGUCAUUGGCAAUUAGUUCCAAUGGAGAACAGUGUUUCAGUGGUGGUAUUGAUGCAACCAUCCAGUGGUGGAACAUGCCUAGCCCUAGUGUGGAUCCAUAUGAUACCUAUGAGCCAAACGUUCUAGCUGGCACAUUAAUUGCUCACACAGAUGCAGUCUGGGGUCUUGCUUACAGUGGUGUAAAGAAUCACUUACUCUCUUGUUCAGCAGAUGGCACUAUUAGGUUAUGGAACCCACCGGAAAAAAAUCCCUGUAUUUGCACUUACAAUGGAGAGAAAGAGCAUGGAAUACCCACAUCAGUCGACUUUAUAGGUUGUGACCCUGCUCAUAUGGUGGCAUCUUUUAACGCUGGCAGCACAGUCAUUUAUGAUUUAGAAACAUCCCAGUCAGUGGUAAUGUUUUCUUCACAAGUAGAAUCUGGUGUACAAUCAAAUAAUCAUAUUAACAAGGUAGUAAGUCAUCCCACACUUCCUGUAACUAUUACAGCACAUGAAGAUAGACACAUCAAAUUUUUUGACAACAAAACGGGUAAAAUGAUCCAUUCUAUGGUUGCUCACUUGGAUGCUGUCACAAGUCUAGCUGUAGAUCCUAAUGGAAUCUAUUUAAUGUCUGGAAGCCAUGAUUGUUCCAUUAGGUUGUGGAAUUUGGACAGCAAGACAUGUGUGCAAGAAAUAACAGCUCAUAGGAAAAAGCUGGAUGAAUCAAUUUAUGAUGUAGCAUUUCAUCCAUCAAAAGCAUAUAUUGCCAGUGCAGGAGCUGAUGCCCUUGCCAAAGUAUUUGUGUGACAUAGCAGAACAAACCUGCAUCAUAACAGCAGGUCUGUUUGGACAAAAAAGAGGGAAUGCGUCACUGCCAUCAAGUAUAAGGUUACCAAUAAGACACUACAUCUGAUCUGCCUGAGUGAAGGCUCUUAAGUGGGGCUGGUAGAAGUUGGUGAAAAGUCACCACAUCCUGAACAAUGUCAGGCUCAUUCAUUUAACUGUAAUUACUGUAUUUUGUGGGGGGUGGGGACAAAUACAAAAAAGAAAACCAGUAUUUGUAGCCUUGACUGGAUAUGAACUGAGCGUAUGUCUGUUCUUUAGGUGUCUUUAAGCAAACGUGGAGUCUGAUCUUACAAAAGACUUUUAUUUUGGACUCUGUGUGCUGCCUUAGGGUUAGGAAUGUGGUGCUCUUGUGGGGGGAAGUGAGCUCCAAGAGUAGCUUUCUUUUCAUCUCUUAGUAAUCUUCUGUUUAUCAGUUGAAUGCCACAGAUUCCCCUUUUAAACUUUUAUUUUGCUUUAAAGAAAAGGAAAUUUAACUUAAAAUAUUUUAGCAUUAGUUGCACAAAAUGUUUGGAUAAAAUUCUAGUUUUUAUAAGUCUUUUUAUAUAUUUAGCCUGUCACAACAGUGCUCAAGAUUGUAUUGAUAAUGUUUUUCUGCAUUAUAGAACCCUAAAACACAGAGAUCUCACUGACCCGCUGCCGUGUAACCACAAUCUUCCCUUCUUUUGCCUAAUACAGCUCAGCUAAGUCCUUGCUUAAGGAUGCUAAUUCAUCAUCAUCACAUAACUGUCUUCAUAAAUAAAGGACUGUAAAAUGUGUUCAAAUGAAACACAGAGGGGUUAACACCCCUGAAUGAACUCUUAAAAAAAAAUUAAUCUUGGCAUCCUAUCACUAUGUGAUAUUUUGUACAUCUUACUGUAUUUACGAGUUUAUUUAUCAAGGAUUACCCAUCUUGCUAAUGGCCUAUUGUUAUUUAUUUCACUUUUUGUUGGUCUUUAUAUCCUUUUAUGUAGUGUGUUAAAGGGCCCUGUAUAUCUGUUAUGGCACUCUUUGAACAGUCUAAAAUAGAUGAAAAAAUGGGACAUUUGAUAAUUCUAAAGUUGCAAACCAAGAAAUUCUUCUUCCUCUGGUUAAGUACCUGGAGUGGAGUUGAUUCCAAAAAAAUAAUCUUGUUUCAGAACCUUUGGAGUGAAAAUUAUUUUUAUUUGCAUUUCAGAUAGAAUACAAAAGUAGUUAAUUCAAGAUUCAUAAAUCUGCUGUGUUUUGACUAGUUAUUCCCUGCUUUUAUUUUAUUUUUCAGAUGUGCUUCAGUUUAUGGUGUAACUAAAAAUUUUGUUUGUGUAAUGCAUGAUUAAUACAACAAAGUAUUUUUUCUAGUCUUCCACAAAACUUUUCUGAUCAGUUUGCGAGUUUUGAUGAGUUUUGUAAGGUUUCUGUUUUACAAACUAUGAAUCAGCAAAUUUUUAAGAUUGUACCGCAUAGCAAAAGUACAGCUGUUGAAAAAUAAUGUAUAUAAAAUGCAUAUAAUAAAUAUUAAAUGGUGUACCUGUAUGUUACUGUUGGCUACAUUAUUUUGUGUUGCACAGUUUAAAAGAGUCAUUCUACAAAUUACUAAAUUAGGUUUCAAUUUUAGCAAAAUGACCAUUUGUUUAUUAUGCUUAUAAGCUGCUUUGCUUUUGCAAGAUUGUAAUAGUUGUCUGGAUGUUGAGCAACUGUUCAGUUUCAAGCAGCAGUACCCACAUAUAAGAACAUGUUUUCACAAUGUUUUAAAAGAUUUUUACAAGAACAAAUUGAAAAUUGCUGGUGUAUUCUUACAGCCCUGCUAAGAUGAUAAUCUCAGUGUUUUUUCAUUAGCUUUGCAUAUGAAGUGAUUCUGAAGUGAUUUGGGAGCCGGAAAGAUACUCUGUUUUUAUUUCAAACUGCCACUGAAUAGUUGUGUUGAAUUAAAAAAAAAAACCCAACAAUUUCUAAAUGCCUAAAAUUUGCCCAUAUAUCUUACCUUCGUCCAUUUUUUUCCAAAUCCUCCCAUAAAGUUGAUGAACAACAAACUAAACCUAUUCUGUGAUGAGUCACUUUGCUCAAAGUGUAUCAGCAGAAACAGAAUACCACAAUAUGAAUGUUUUAAUGUAAAGUAGUAUAUUUAGGUAUAAGUUAAGUAAAGCUAGAACAUGUUCCUAUAAGUGGUUUAACUGCAUUGUUCCAUGUAAGUUUCCAGUUUUCCAGUAAAAAUGUAUGUCAUGCCAUCUUAUGUCAAGCAAAUUUGAACAAAGAAAACAAAAACAAAAAAAAAAAAGGAAAGAGGUGCUCAUGAUAGGCAAUUAUAUUUUGGAAUUAAUUUUGUUUUAGUAAUAAUGUUACAUUGCUUGAAAUGUUACAGUAAAUUAUAAUUGUGUAGGACUUGGAGAAUUUUGUCCUUUAUCAUGAAGAUUGAGGUGAGGCCUUCCAGUAAUUGCUUGUAGGACACUAAGACUUUACUUCUGAAAGUAACAUUCAGCUGAUUUGCACUUUUUGUUCUUUCCAGUCUAAAGCAUUCAACUAAUCAACAGACAAGAGAGUAUUUGAAUUUUAUUGGAAGUAAUUUAAUAAUCGCCUUUUCUGAAGCCAAACAUUGUUUCUGGCAGCUUUUACAGACUGCUGCAUUUUAAUGCUUAAAUAAAAUGUGAUUGUUUAAUAAACAUUACCAUGCAUAACAUUUACUUUUUUUUAAUUGUAUUAAAAUUGAAAUGAUAAAAA